UCACAUUUGGUAGGAAAGCCAGAUGUUAACACCAGUAACCCAUUCGGAUAUUUUCCCCGCUAAUCAGAGGGUCCGGGCAAGGAAGCUGCUAGAAAGCGAGAACUGGGUACCUUUCUUCCUUCCUUUCAGCCGCCACAUCAAAAGAUAAAGAGGAUGGAUGCAUAUGCUUAAAUCAACCUCAGUGCUUGACUGACUCCUAAGCUCUCCAGUGCUAUCUUGCAAAGUUUCUGAAUAAUUGUAGCUCGAGUAAUCUGCCUUUGUGUAAGCAUGCCUACCAUUGAAUCUUCUGUUCGAUCUUGUCGGUGGCGCAUUCCGAAAGUAAAAGUGAACCAGUUAUGCAGGUGCCAUGUUGCACGGUGUCUAUAUACGCUGAACCGUAGACAGAAUUAGUUAUCAGUGGGCUAGUGCUCAGCUGGGUCUGCUGCAGAAGUGCAAGGCAGUAGAGUCCAAGGAAGACAGCUCGUGGACAAAUGAAUCAGCAAGAGCCACCAGGGGAUUCCCACACCAUAGACAUCGCUUCCCUGGCCCAAGAGCUGAGGGAGCAGCCGGCCGCUGCCGACUCCUCCGUGGCGCAACUCGGGGACGCCUCCCCUAUUUGCAUCAUCGCCGAGGUCGGCAGCCUGACCCGCAAGGUCGACCCGAACGAGUACAACCCGCACCACGUUUCCAUUGGCCCGUACCACCGGACCUUGAACCCGAACCUCGCCAGGGACGACGAGAAGAAAAGAAGCCUCAGAGACGUCAUGUCGGCGGCGAGCCCCGGCGUGACGGUGCAGGCGUACCUUGAAGAGCUGGUGCGCCUCGAGGGCCGAGCCAGAAAGUGCUACGAACACUUGUUCGAGGGCUUGACGAGCACGGCGUUCGUGCGCAUGCUGCUGCUCGACGCCUGUUACGUGCUCGCCCGGUUCCGCUGUGUCGACGGAUACGCCGAAGGACGCCGAAGGAAUGUCGCGGCUACGGCUACGGCCAAUGGCCACGUGCAAGACGGGUACCACAGCAGCAGCGCGGCAGGCGGCGGCGACAUGCUGGAGGACGUCGCGGUGGUGCGCGACGUGCUCUACCUUGCGGAGAACCAGAUACCGUUCUUCAUCAUCGAGAAGAUCCACCAGAUGACCAUUUUGGAUCGUGGCGUUUCUGCGGCGAGCACGAUUGCGGCGUACGUCCGUGAACUCUUGCAGCAGUACUCGGUGGCAAUGCCGAACGUGGCGGAGCCGCCGGGACCAGGGAAUCUUCUGCACCUGCUGCACAUGCACUUCAUGCUCACCAUACUCCCGUCAGCCACGGGAGCUGAUGCUGAAGCCAUCGGGGAGAAGGUUGGCCGGUGGCGCACGGCGACUGACUACUACUUCGCCGGCGUAAAGUUCAGGAGGCGGCCCCUCCGCACCGACGAAGCCCAAUGCAUCCUCGACGUGAGGCUGGACAGCGGCGGCGGCACGCUGGAGAUCCCCCAACUGAACAUCGACGCCGAGACGUGGCGGCUCCUACGCAACCUGAUGGCGCUGGAGCAGCACAACCCGGCGGUCGGGAGCAACGUCACGGCAUACUGCGUCUUCAUGUCGCAGUUGGCGUGCACGGCAAAGGACGUAGAGCUUCUGUCGAGGAGAGGGGUCAUCUCGCACGGCCUCGGCAACCACACCGAGGUCGCCAGCUUCUUCACCGACCUCUGCAAGGGGAUCGUGUUUAGAUUGGACGACCCCGACCGCAACUACCUGAUGGCGACGUGCCAGGCGCUGGAGAAGCAGUUCCGAAGCCGGGCGCGGCGAUGGAUGGCGUGGCUGCGGCAAAAGUAUUUCAGCAACCCGUGGCUUGCGGUCGGGCUCGCCGCGGCUGCCAUCGGUCUAGCUUGUGCUGUGGUGCAAGCAGUGUACUCUGUUUUGAGUUACAGACACUAGGAAUUCAGUGACGACAAAACGUACGAAUUGCGGAAUUGAGCCGUAUUUUUUUAUAUGACGAAAGGGGCAAGUUGAUAGCCUCUGUGUGUGGCUGUGUCCACAGUCCACUAGAUAGGAAAUCAGCGAGGCGGCUCUGUGUGAAGUAAGCAAUGA